AUGAACAUUAUCUUUCUUGCUGCCCUAGAAACAGAUGUUUUCAGGAGUCAAGAAAACUUGUGCUUUGCAGCAUCUCUUCAGCUGCAAGAGACGGAGGCAGUGACCUUGGAGGAUGUAGCUGUAAACUUCACCACGGAGGAGUGGGCUCUGCUGAAUCCAUCCCAGAAGAAGCUCUACAGAGAUGUGAUGUGGGAAACAUUUAUGAAUAUGACUGCUAUAGGAGGGUCCUUGAACAACCAGCAAAUUGAAGAAGAAUACAAAAAUUGGUCAAGAAGUCUAAGCAGUGAAGAAGUAUCAAAAUGCAAUCAAUGUAAAGCUUGGAAUCAACAUGAAAAAAUAUUUCUUCGGACUCCACAUGCUAAUGUGGACAUGCAACAAGCUGCUGUAAAGCCAACUGAAAGCCUUGCUUAUAGAAAGCCCCUGAUUGGGCAUUUAUCACUAAAAGUACCCAUUUUACCUCAGACGGGAAUGAAGCCAGAUGAGUAUUUUGGAUUUGAUGACAAGCUGAGUAAAUGUAAUGAAGAUGGAAGAACCUGCAGUGAUCUCCAGUCCUGUCAGAAGCAUGCAAGGAGAAAGACUGGAGAGACGCCCUAUCAGUAUGAGCAAUGUGGAAAAACCUGCUCUAAACUUGAUGCAGGAACUCACCCUGGAGAGAAGACUUUUGUAGGUAAGAAAAGAUUUGAAGCCUCUGUCACACCCAGUGGUGAUCAAAUCCAUGAAAGAAAUCGCAGUGGGUGGAAACCCUAUUUGUGGAAACAAUAUGGGAAUGUUUUUAUUUCUUCUCACCUUAUUCAAGAACACGAAAGACAACAUGUGGGAGAGAAACCCAAUGUAUCUAAGGAACAUGUGAAAGCAUUAGCUCAUAGUAAUUCUUUUCACAGACAUGAAAUAACUCAGACUGGGGAAAAGCCCUAUACAUGUAAGCAAUGUGGAAAAGCAUUUACGAAGUCCAGCCUUUACCGAAUACAUGAAAGAAUUCACACUGAGGAGAAAUUAUAUGUAUGCAAACAAUGUGGGGAAAACUUCAAUACUCAGAAAUAUUAUAAAAUUCAUGAAAAAGUUCACAUGGGAGAGAGACCUUAUGUAUGUAAGCAAUGUGGGAAAGCAUUCAGUACACAGAGUAGUUAUAAAAUGCAUGAAAGAACUCACACUAGGGAGAAACCCUAUGCAUGUAAGCAGUGUGGGAAAACAUUCACAACUCAGCGUUACUGUAAAGUACAUGAAAGAAAUCACACUGGGGGGAGACGCUAUACAUGUAAACAAUGUGGAAAAGUAUUCACUACACAGAGUUACUGUAAAAUACAUGAAAGAAGUCACAUGGGCAGACUCUAUGCAUGUAAACAAUGUGGGAAAACUUUCAGUACUCAGAAUUAUUGUAAAGUGCAUGAAAGAAAUCACUUUGCAGAGAAACCCUAUAUAUGUGAACAUUGUGGUAAAGCAUUCAAAAAACAGAAUUCCUGUAAAAUACAUGAAAGAAUUCACACUGGGGAAAAACCCUAUGUAUGUAAAUACUGUGGGAAAGCAUUCAACACACAGAGUUCCUGUAGAAUACAUGAAAGAAUUCAUACUGGGGAGAAACCUUACGUAUGUAAGCAAUGUGGGAAAGCAUUCAGCUCAUAUAGUAACUGUCGAAGCCAUCAAAGUAGUCACAUUGAGGAGAAACCUUAUAUGUGCAGGCAGUGUGGGAAAGCAUUCUCUAAAAAAGUUUAUUAUCAGAUACAUGAAAGAACUCACACAGGUGAGAAACCUUAUGUAUGUAAGCAAUGUGGAAAAGGAUUUGCUAACACAUACGCACUUCGCAUUCAUAGACGAACCCACACUGGUGAGAAGCCCUAUGUAUGUAUCCAGUGUGGAAAAGCAUUCACCACACGCAGUAACUUACAAGUACAUAAAAGUACUCACAGUAGCGAGAAACCCUAUGUAUGUAAGCAAUGUGGGAAAGCAUUCACCACACACAGUUCCUGUCAAAGCCAUGAAAGAAUUCACACCGGGGAGAAACCCUAUAUAUGUAAGCAAUGUGGAAAAGCAUUCACUACACACAAAUGUUGUCAAAGACAUGAAAGAACUCACACUACAGAGAAACCCUAUAUAUGUGAGCAAUGUGGAAAAGGAUUUGCUAGCACAUAUGCAUUCCUUAAACAUAAACAAAUCCACACUGGGCAGAAACCUUAUAUAUGUAAGUAAUGUGAAAAAUACUCAGCACCCACAGUACCUGUCAAAGCUAUGAGGAAUUGACACUGUGUAGAAACCCUCUCUAAGCAAUGUGGGAAGGCAUUAACUACGCACAGACAUUGUGAAAAACAUGAAAGAACUCACAGUGGAGAGAAACUGUGUGUAAGCAAUAUAGGAAGUCAUUCACUACACACAAAUAUUGUCAAAGACUUGAAAAAAACCCCACCAGAGAGAAACUGCAUGUCAGCCAUGUGGAAAAAGUUAUGCUAGUGAGUCCUCAUUGUAUAGACAUAGAUGAUCUCACACUGGGGAGGAACCCUAUACAUAAAAGCAGUGUGGGAGAAAACAUUAAGUGAACACAGGUUUUUAUCAGCUACAUAAAAGAAGUCACACUAGGGGAAACUUUAUAUAUAUAGACUUAUUUUGAGAAUCCUAUGAAAAUUCCUCAUGUAAUGGACACCUGAAAAAUUCGAUGUCAAUAUUUCUUCAUAAAGUUUUUGGAAAAUACACUCCCAGAUGGAGAUACCCUAGGAUAUAUUUCUAGUGUGUUUUUGAGCCAAUCACUUGUAAGUAUCUGAACUAUGUACCUGUAGUCUUUACUAUAAAAAAAUAGUACAUAAUAAUUUCUGUGUAAGCCAUUGUCUUUGAACUUAACCUAUAUUAUCUUGUAAUUAAACCUGUGAAUUGAAAGGUAUUUCAUCACUUGCAAGUAGGGUUAGUGAUUAUGUAGUUUUAAUUUUGCUUUGUGUUUACUAUUUGGAGGUACAGACCAUUAAAAUAUACUUUGUUAAUUGUUUUUUUUCUGAUGGGAUUUCUUAGUGUAUAAACUUCAUAUUUUGUGUAAAAAAUAAUUUUGAGUUUGAUUUUAUAAUAUAUAUGUAUACAUAUUUAGAGACAUGUGAAUGUGUGUUCGGACAAAGUUUACUGGCCACACAACUUGUAGAUUAGUAAAUGUUUUGUUUUUCAUAUCCUAAGAACCCAUACUGCACAUGUCCCAACAUAAUUAUAUUGUUUCAAGAAUAUAAUUUUUGCCUAUUGCACGUUCAUGUUGGUGUUAAUAUUAUUAUUUACAUAAAAAUAUGUUUUCUUACCAUUAAUAUUUUGCUUUUCAUGCUUAUAUUGUAUUUUCUAACCAGUAAUUUUAAUAUCACUUGUACCAAAAAAUAAACCAUACUGCUGUGAGAGUUUC